GUCAAUUUCGGAAAUGCAAGCUCUGCACUUCCUUGCAUGACCAUAUUCGUACGAAGCCUGUAGAACAUUUUCAGGGAAAUUGCAGAGCUCCAUUCUGCAGGCUGCACACUUUGCUCACGAAUUCUUCAUUUUGACUUUCGACCCUAGAAAUGAAACCCGUUUUAAAAUGCAUUUGCUCACAAAUCUUCUGGCUUCGAUGAAUGAUUAGUCUCGAAUCCAAAACGUUUCCCCCCAUUUUCACGCAUUCGAGCGUGACUAAUUUCUCGCUCUUAAACCCCUCAAUUUUUUCAUCAGAUCCCGAGCUUUCUACGGCCGAUACCGAUUUGAGCUUUCCCUGUUUGCAGUAAAUCCCGAUUUUUCGUCAAAUGCUUCAUAGGGGUUCGCCGGAUUUUUCCCCAUGAAAAACAGUUUCCACUUUUCUCGAGCUUCGAAUUUUCUCUACAAUCUUGAACAUGAACAGUUAUACUGAUAGUCCGGCUUAUCCUCCGGCUGAUUCCAGCUGCAAAAUCGUGUACGAUGGUCGCUCAUGGCCAGCCAAUUUCAGCCGCCAAUCGGCCGCCGUUCACUCCAGUUCCGCUUUCAGAAACCCUAGAUUUUCGGAGAGAAACUCGUACACCAAACCGAGAAUACCCUUAUCUGUCAACAGGUGUAAGCUCGACAUUCCUUACAAGUCGGAGCUGUGCCGGCUUUUCCAAGUGGGCAAAUGUUACUAUGGCGAAAACUGUCAUUAUUCUCAUAGCACGAGUGAAGUUAGGAGAAACCCAGAGCUUAGACCAGUUGCCAUGAAGGAGCAUUUGAAUGAGAACAGAAAACUGCAAGAGUGUUACUAUUUCUCGAAUGGGCUCCAUUGCCCUCACGGCGAGAGGUGUAAUUUUCUUCACAAGUGCAGACAGAAAGUCAUGAGGGGCGACGGUGUGAACAGAGAAGGCUGUGCCAUAAGUGUUCUGAGUGAAAGGUCUUGCAGAAAUUCAAGUAAUCAGAUUCCAUGGGGGAGCUUGAGCGCUGGUAGGAGAGAUUCUAAUGAUAAGUUUGACUUUAGAAAGACGAGGCUCUGUGGAAAGUGGAUGAUGUUUGGUAGCUGCCCUUAUGGUGUGAGAUGUAAUUAUGCUCAUGGGAAAGCAGAGCUUCGAGAACUCUGCUUCCCUCCAGGACUCAAAGAUGCAGAACCAAGUGAAGUCAAAAGCAACAUUGCUCAAAAGCUUGAGUCAAAAGGCAGAAGCUAUUUCAACAAUUGGGACAUUGCGAAGAUCAGUCAAAUUUAUGCUGAUAAUUAGAUGUUUGGCAAGCGCAUGUUAUCUUAAGCAAUAUCUGGAGCUAGAUUCAUAUAUGUAACAUGUUCUGUUUUGAUACGUGCUUUGGAGAGAUAUUGAAGAGCAUAUAAGAGUCCCAUUUAGAAUUAGGUCAUCAACUAGAACAAUUGUUAGGAGGUAAAAUCUUUUGUAGCAGUUUGUGCAUCCAGCUUUUUUCUUGCUCUUGUUAUCCUGAAUACAUUCUUAUGUAGAAUGAUUUUACAAAUGGGAUGCAUGUUUUUUUGGAAAGUCUAAGCCAUUGUCUGAUAUGUUAUACUGUUUUGUGUUCGGGGUGGAUUUUGAAA